UGGGCGGGAUCACGGCUCCUAAUAAUGCCUCCUUAUCCAAUGAAAAGCAUUUCCUAUUGAGACCCCCAAGAGCUCCCCGGCGGCCCUCGGCUCCAGCAAGGACUUUGGGCCUUUUCUUGUGUCCUGUUUGUUAAAGGCAUGCGGGCUACAGCUUUCAAGAGGGCUAGUUCUUAACAAAGGGAAAGAGAUAAAUGAAAAUAAGCUCACAUUUGCAGAAUGAGCGGUUUGCAGUAAGGAGCCGCGGCAGCCCCGAGUCUGCUUCUUUGGGCUGGGCUAACCUUUCCCUGUUUUUUCUUUUUUUUUUUUUUAAUGGAUAAAAAUAUGCACUUCCAAAGUGCGAGUUGCCCGUUUCCAUGUUUAAUAGCUAAUUAUCUACAGGCAUGAGCACAUUCUCUCAUCUAGCACACUCUUUCUUGGGGACUCAAUUAAAGAAAUCUUCGAUUGCUUGCCUUCAGAAAAUUCACAGACUGUCCAAAUCGCAGAUAAAUUUGGUGCCGGAAUUUGGUAUGAACUGAUGAAGAAAAUAUUCUCUACUGGUCUUUAAUCUCAGAGUGGUGAAUACCUGCAGCAAGCAGGCUUUCUGGAAAAAAAUCCAUGGGUGACAGAAGAUUUAUUGACUUCCAGUUCCAAGAUUUAAAUUCAAGUCUCAGACCCAGGUUGGGCAAUGCAACUGCCAAUAAUACUUGCAUUGUUGAUGACUCCUUCAAGUAUAAUCUGAAUGGUGCUGUCUAUAGUGUUGUGUUCAUCCUCGGUCUAAUAACCAACAGUGCCUCCCUGUUUGUAUUCUGCUUCCGCAUGAAAAUGAGAAGUGAGACUGCUAUUUUCAUCACCAAUCUGGCCCUAUCUGAUUUGCUUUUUGUCUGUACUCUACCUUUCAAAAUAUUUUACAACUUUAAUCGCCACUGGCCUUUUGGUGACACCCUUUGUAAGAUCUCAGGGACUGCAUUCCUCACCAACAUCUACGGAAGCAUGCUCUUCCUCACCUGCAUAAGUGUGGAUCGUUUCCUAGCCAUUGUCUAUCCCUUCCGAUCUCGUACCAUCAGGACCAGGAGGAAUUCUGCCAUUGUGUGUGCUGGAGUCUGGAUCCUAGUUCUCAGUGGUGGUAUUUCAGCUUCUUUGUUUUCCACCACUAAUGUCAACAAUGCAACCACCACUUGCUUUGAGGGCUUCUCCAAACGUGUCUGGAAGACAUACCUGUCCAAGAUCACCAUAUUCAUUGAAGUUGUCGGGUUCAUCAUUCCUCUGAUAUUGAAUGUUUCUUGCUCUUCUGUGGUGCUGAGAACCCUCCGCAAGCCUGCAACAUUGUCUCAAAUUGGAACCAAUAAGAAAAAAGUGUUGAAGAUGAUCACAGUGCAUAUGGCAGUUUUUGUGGUAUGCUUUGUACCGUACAACUCUGUUCUCUUUUUAUAUGCCUUGGUACGCUCCCAAGCCAUUACAAAUUGCUUAUUGGAAAGGUUUGCAAAGAUCAUGUACCCAAUUACCUUGUGCCUUGCAACUCUGAAUUGUUGCUUUGAUCCUUUUAUCUAUUAUUUCACUCUUGAAUCCUUUCAGAAAUCCUUCUAUAUCAAUACACAUAUAAGGAUGGAAUCCCUGUUUAAGACUGAGACACCUCUGACCCCAAAGCCUUCCCUUCCAGCUAUUCAAGAGGAAGUUAGUGAUCAAACAACAAAUAAUGGUGGUGAAUUAAUGCUGGAAUCCACCUUCUAGGUACGAGAAUUAUUUUUCAUGUACAGUAACGGUGUCUCCUAUGAGUUUUCCUAUGCUAUAAGUAAGAGAAAAAAAUUGAAGCUAAUGAUACCGAAAAUAGAUUAAUGUACCAAAUACAGUCAGAUGCAUUUGUUUGAAGACUUAUUGUACAUAUUCUGUUUUGUUCAGUAAUUAUAGGUCAAGUCUAAUUACAGCAAUCAAAACAGAUUAUCAGACUCUUGCUGAGUUGAAAUUUUAUUACAUAAAUGACCAAUGUUUUUUGACUUUUAGUGAUGUGGGGGUUACAUUAAAACUUAAAAAAAACAUUCCAGUGGUUUUGGUAAUUAGGUUGGGCCUAUAAAUAUAGAACAAAUUCAGGGAUUAUUUAAAAAUGUUUGUGUUACUACUGAUAUAUACUGGUAUUUUGUUCCUUUUUUGAAUUAUCAUGGAAUUUAUUUUACUAAAAAAACCUAUUUUUACCUAAUAUUAAUAAAACAUGUUGAGAAAGGAAUGUGUUAAAUUUAAAAAGAUUGGCAAAUUUUAUCUAGAUUUUGAAAAGAUAUAAAGUGUUUGGAUGAAUAUGGAUAGGAAAAUUUGGGAUAUAGACAACAUUUACACAUAUAUAACCAUAGUUAGUGUCAGCUUUUAAAACUUUGUAAAACAAUACUAGAAUUUUCCUAUGAAAUUGUUAAUCUUGAAAGCUGCUACAUAAGUGCCUGGAAGGUGCAAAAUGGAAAAAUCAUAAAAUUGCAGUGUCAAUUAAAAUUUUUUUAGCAACACUACAUUAUUUCUUAAAACUUCCUCUUAUCCUUUAUGGGGGUGGGAACUCACUUGUAGAAAAUAUUUAUUCUUCAUAUUAAGUGUUGGGACACAGUACAGCCACAGAGCUUUACAGUAAUUGUGUCCAGGUCGGGAGCAAGUUGAAAACAGAAGUGAACAAAAUAAUAGCAACAAGAUAUCUUAUAGCUUGUAUUAAUAGUUUUUUAGGUAGAGGUUAGUUAGCUUUAGUGUUGAAAUAUAUACUCUUUUCUGUUCAAUUUUGGAGCACAUUGUAGCCGAGGUGCUGCUGAAUUUGUGCUCAGGUCGGGAGCGUAUUGAAAAAAAAAAUGUAUAUAAUAAAAGAAACAAAAAAAAGAAAAACUAUCAAAAAAAUCCACAAAACUAGAAAAGGAAAAAAAGUAACAAGUAACAAAAAUAGUUCCUAACACUUACAUUAUUGUUUUACUGUUUUUGAAGUGCUAUAAAUUUAAAAAUACUAUGCUAUUUUAAUAAACUUUUUUUAGUAUAAUUCAAUUAGAAAUUGAAAUUUUUUCCAGGACAGGAUUGAAUUAAAGAAAAAUGCAUAACUUUGUAAAAAUAUAAAACAAAUAAGCGCCCCCAAAUUUAGGGCAUAAAGUUUUGUGCGUCUAUAGCAUUUAACAAGUGCUACAAUUAUCAGACGAUGCCUUGGAUCAUUCAUCUAGGAGACUGCUAAAUUCAUGCCAAGUUUGAGAGAGAAUGAAUAAAACAUUUAAAAUUUAUGAAAGGAAAAGACUCCUUCUUUAACUCAAAUAACAGAAACAAAGUCUUUACAAUUUUAAUUUUUCUGAUGCAUAGUAGAUUUGCCUUAAAUAUGCAUCAGUCUGUUUAAAAAAUAUCUAAGAAAUAUGGCAAUUAAUGUCCAGAAUUUAAAAGUAAACUUCCAGGAAUAACCUAUCUUGUACAUUGCUGAACUUGUGUCAGAGAGUGGUUAAAUUAAUGUUAAAACUUCUGAAAAUGAACAAAUUCUUUAAAUUCCUUAACUUGUUUUUCUGUCUGGUGAUAUGGAGGCUUAAAAAAUUAAAUAAAAAAUUAAAGUCGGUGAACACAAUGCAACUUUAAAGAGUGCUCAGUUUGGGAUUGUGUUAGGAACUUACUAGAAAAAAAAGUUUCCAAAACAAUAGAACAAUAGUAAAAAUGAAUUCAUGAUUUAAAGUCCUAAAAAUAACUAUGUAUUAUAUUGUCUUGAAAAGAAAGGUAAUAAUUGGAAUACAUACAGCUGUAGGCUUAGUUAGAGAAAAGUAGGUUAGGUUAGAUGAAGUUCAGUUGUUAGGUUAAUGUUGUAAGGUCAAAUUAGUAAUCAAAAGUAUGAAAACUUGUUUGUUUCCUUCAGUAUUCUUUCUCUUUUUUUUGUAAUAUUGAACUAUACGUGAACUCUCUACUUUUAGCUGUUAAAAUUCUGGAAUUUUAGGAUUAUAGUAUUAAAUCAUUGAAUUAGAUUACUGUGUUAACUGAAUUGACACAAAAUACAUUUUAAAAUAAUUUGUAUAAUUUCCAUGUUUAAUGUUGCUUACUCUUUUGUAUUUCACUUUAUUUUGGUUAAUUUCCAUUUUAUAUUUAAUAUAACUUGCUAGUCAUAAAUAUGGUAAUGUGAAUAAUGUAACUCAUAAAUUGUAAUGCAUACCGAAAUGUAAAAUUGAAUUGAUUUUCCAUUUACAGAUACAGGUAAUCCUUCAGCUGUAAUUACAACUUGCAUUAAAAUGUUUAUUAAAUGUAAUAAAACAUAUUUGGAUUGUUAAGCUACUAUACUUUCUUCAGCUAUGGAAAUAUUCCAUUUUUUUAGGGCACUCAAAAGUAUCUAUUCUUUUCCUCUUCUCAUCCUUUA